AUGUCUCGAAGGACCAUCUCUGUCAUCAGCAGCGACAGUAUCGCCGACCGCUCUGCCGAAGUCUACAUGGCUGGAAUCGAUGCCCUUUCCCAAGUGUCCUCAUCUCCAACAAAACAGUAUCGAUUUGGUAGACAGGACGACACUGAUGACGACGAAGACGAAGACGACGAUGACGGUCGUCCCAUCAUAGAUCUAGAUGCUGCUCGGCCUAAUUCUGCUCGUCAGUUUGGACUCGGCAUGGAAGAGGCAAACAAUGGAAAUCACAGUCGAGCCAGCAGUCGAGGUGCUAGUGGAUCGUCUCUGCUGCAAUUGAUGUCUUCAAGUCCAACUAAGGGAAAAGGCGCCUUCUCAAAGAGAACUGGAUAUAUCAAUGGAGUCGAAGUCAGGAAUCGAGAUCAAAUACCAUCAGCGUCAACUUUAGCCAUGCUCGAAUCCCGCUUCCAUAGCUUGCAGAUAUCGCAAGCAGAUCUCGCAUUCGCUCCAAUAGAUGUCGUAUUCAGCUCGGCUGAUGGAAUGAGAAUGUUGGAAGCUGAUCUCCUCAGGUUAAUACAGUCUUCAGAAGACACAACUUUGAAGGCUAAAGCUGAUGCUCUCUUGGCAAGUGUCUUGCAAGAAGCUGAUAUGUAUGAAGCAGCUUUGAAAGCACAAGAUAUGGACGAACCCUCCAGACAGAAAGUGCUGCGGCAUUUUCCAUCAACAUCAGAUAUUUUACCAUACAGCACAUCAAGACAUCUAUCUAGAACUCCAUCCACUGAUACCCUAGCAUCUCGCAUAUCCACCACGAGUACAAUAAGACAAGUAGCACCAUCAAUAGCAUCAUCUGUAAAACCCCGUGUGCCUCUACGAGAUCAAAUAUCGCCACGACCACCAUCAGUAGCCACGCAAUCAUCUGCAAACUAUACCGAUUCGUCUUUUCCAGCUCAAAGUAAUACAAGCGGUUCUGGAAGAACACCACCAGGUCCAAAUGAUGUCUUUCAAUGGACUCCAUUUAGCAAGAUUUCAGAUCAUGUCUGCGCUGAAUCGAUACAGGCUACUGUUGGUAUACCGUCUGUGAUAGCCGUGUCUGGGUGGAUAGUCAUUGGAACGUCUCGUUCAGCACUCUUGGUGUAUGAUUUAGCUCAAACGCUACAUUCAGUGCUGGGAGACAAUCAAUCAAUGGAAUAUGGAGCAGUCACAUCACUAUCAAUAUCUUCAGAUCAAUCAACAGUAGCAGCCGGUUAUGGAGCUGGAUUUGUAGUAGUUUGGGACAUACAGAGACGGAUAGUCAUGAGAGUGCUACCACCUGUGCAGAGAUUAGAUGGUAGAAAGGAUGGACACAUGCCAGGUGCUUCCAUAAUUCACGUUGGAUUUGUUGGAGGAAGCAAAGCAGAACUUGUUUCUGCUGACAACCAGGGUGCUGCUUUUUUGCACAUCUUUUCAAAAAUGGUCUUGGUAAAUACAGUCACUUCUGUCAGGAUACAUGGAAGACCAGAUGCUCUAGGACGGCCCAUCGUCCCCUCCACAAUAUAUGCUAUGACAGCCAUGUCAUCGUCCAAACAUAUUCUUGAGCAACAUGGAUUGAUUGCCUUGUCAACACCAUACAAGAUGGCAGUUCUCACUACUCGACCCGUCCCUCAAAUCCUCUUCAAAUUGUCAUGGACGCCAGAAGAGGAGAGGACUACUAGUGCCUCAUUAGCUGCAAAACAAGCUGUGCCUUGUGCUUGUUUGGCGUGGAGUCCACUAGUAGCUUCGUCGUCGCAGCUACCAGGUCGACCUGUCACAGAUGCAUUACAUUUGGCUGCUUCCUCAGGCUUCAAAUUGUAUGUAAUGAGAGUCACUGCAUCCAGGACACGAACUCUCGAUAGUAGAAGAGCCACAGAGACGUCCCUAAUAUUACCGCAAUUCGUAGUCUUGGGUGAAUGGCUUGGACCAGAGAAUAUAGUUGCAAUCCAAUGGCUCAAUCCUCAGUUGGUGUUGCUCAUGACGAACCAUCAAGACCUAAUUGUGUUCGAUAUUGCCACCAUGCAAGCUGUAGAACGAAGUACAGUCCAUCCAAGAAAAGUAGUAACACACGACUACUUUUCCAAAGCAUUAGCCUUCUCAGAGUUGGCAUGCUAUUCCAGCAUUCGAAUGUUUAAGGGACGGAUAUUUGUUUUGGGACAAGAAGACGUAUCAAUGAUCCAACUAGUAAAAUGGUCCGAUCGUCUCAAUUCAUUGGCUCGAACUGGAAACUUUACAGAAGCCCUAGCUUUAGGAUGUGACUUUUACUCUGGCAGUUAUCGCAGGGCGGCGGGAUCCUUACCUGCUGACGACGCUGAACGACGUAGACAGGUCUCUUCCCAAGUAAAGGAUUUGCUGACCACAUAUGUAGAUAUGUCUCUGCAUUCAUAUGAACCUCAUCAGGAAGACGGCUCCUCAUACAAACACCUCGCUACAGUGUGCUUUGAGACCUGUAUAGCAGUCAAUCGACAAGAUUUCCUCCUAACUGAAAUCUUUGAGAAAUUCUCGGAUGCUGAUCUGGAAGGUGUAUACUUUGAAAUGCUGGAGGAUUAUGCUACUCGGGAACGACUGACAAAUGUCAGUCAUCCUGCCGUGAUUAAAGCAUUUAUAGAAUAUUAUAAAUCGAAAGGAUGGCUUGCACGAGCUGAACAAGUUAUAUUCCAACUCGACCCAUCCAGUAUCGAUGUACAUGGUGUGCUCAAACUAUGUAAAGCAUCAGGACUGUAUAAUGCCUUGAUAUUUGUCUAUAAUCGAGCACUAAAGGAUUAUAUAAGCCCAAUUGUGGAGAUCUUGACGAUAUUAGCAGAGAAUGAAAAGACGGCAGGAAAACGCCCCUCUACUUCAAACACUGAAUCUGCUAAUGGCGAUGUCGGUGGAUGGGCAGAAUCUGCACGAGAAGACGCCACAUAUGCCCUGUAUGUAUAUUUAGCAUAUGUAUUGACAGGAAAGGCCUUCCCUGUUGGUAUACUACCACCCAAGGAAGCACUCAAGGCCAAAACGGACGUAUACAACUUUUUAUUCUCCCUAUAUCACGCAUUCUGGCCACCAGAAGGAGUCUCUGUCGAAGCAACCCUAUUACGACUAGGAGAUCCACCAUUCCCAUACGUCCGUUUAUUAUUCCGACACGAUCCACGAGAGUUCCUUAAAUUUAUUGGUCAAGCAUUUGAGGAUCCGAGUCUGGAAGGUGAAAUACCAGCCAAAGAUAUUUUUGGACUGAAUAGACCAGGUGGAUAUCAUGUACGUGAUGAAGUAUCCCGGCAGUCGGUAGCUGAUACGUUGCUCUUGAUUGUGGAAGAUGAUGUCUUGACGGCUGAUAAAGUCGCUGUAUAUGCCUUCCUUGCACGUAAUUACGCUCGGUAUACCACCUUUCUAGCAUUUCCUGACGACGUGUUAAAAGCUAUGGUGACGGAUUUAUCCAUGUAUAAGGACGAUGGAUCUCGGAAUGAACGACAGAAUGCCGUUAUGGUCCUGCUCGAACGAUGGAAGUAUAGCAAGACCAGUGCCUUCCUGAUCAUGUUUGAAGAGGCUGGGUUUUGGAAGAUAUGUGAAGCUCAGUAUCGACAGGACGAGCAGUAUGAUAAAGUAUUGGAUUGCUAUCUGAAUGAUUCAGUACGAACCGCUGAAUCAUUCAUGUGUAUACGAGAACUCUUGUCGGAUAAAAGUAUCUUGUAUUCCGAUCGGAUGGCCGUGAGGUCUAAAGUCAUGUCGUCCUUGGUACAGCUAGUCCAGAUAGAUGCGGAGAAGACUGCUGAGAUUAUAUCACAGUUCUUUCCGGAUGCUCAUUCUGGUGUAAUUAGUCAGUUGGCUGCUGCAUCUAGUAGUGGUCAUGUGGAGUAUGAGUGGAUGUACUUGCGUGGAUUGUUAGUACCUCAGAGACCAUCACUAAUUAGAAAUGAGACUAUGAAACUGCCUACAGAGAUAUAUGAACGAUAUGUAGAACUCUUGGCAGUACGGAAUUCCGAAUCAGUGCUCCCAUAUCUUAUUCAUGUGACUGAUGAAUCAGAAGGGUAUCCUUUUGAUUUACAGCGCAUGUUUCAAGCAUGUAGAUCCCAUAAUAUCACAGAAGCUGCCGUCUGGAUAUUAGAACGUAGUGGUGAUAUACAUGGAGCAUUAAGUAUCCUGCUAGAAGGACUCAAAGAAUCAUCACAGGAAGCCGUGUAUAAGGAAAUCCAAGCUGCUAAAAGUGCAGCUGCCCGACAAGAUGAUAAUCCUGUAGGUAGCCGAAGUAGUGGACAUAGCAUGCGAGAGUCAUCUGUGUCUCCUGAACGAGGUGCUAUAGUGACUGAAGAUCGUCGCUUACGAAUGGAGGCUCGUCGAGCACUGAGUAAAGCUCAGGAUAGUGUAGAAGCCGCUACUGAGUUGUGUAGACGUGCUGCUACGAGACUGACGAGACCUGAUCGUGAAGGAUUGUGGUUUCAGCUGCUGGACGUGGCAGUCCAGCCUCAGCAGUUGUUACUGAAACAUGAUGGUGAUGAAGUCAAACACGAAGCAUCAGUUAAGCCACCAAAAAACGAUGCAAGUCAUAAACGCAUGCUGGAAUCAUUCAAAGCUCUAUCUCGAGCCGUCAUGUCUGGAAUGAUUGGACAGGUCGCACUACAGGCUAUACUACGUCGUCUGGUUGUUGCGCAGCCACAAGUACCACUAGGAGAACACCGAGCACUUCUAGAAGAAAUGCUGGCUGGUCACAUCCAUGAACGUGAAACACUCGUAAUCGCCGGUCGUAUCGCAGCAUCAGAUGUCGACACGUUGGAACAACAAGUUGUUUCAUUGCGUGUUGGUGGGAUACGGCCGUCACGAGCUACAUGUGGCAUUUGUAAGAAACUUUUGGGUGUCUCUUCAUCAUCAUCGAAUGUGAUGCAUCAACACAAUCCAGACAAUAUCUUGGUGUAUAAAUGUCGCCAUGCCUACCAUGAGACGUGUAUGAAGGAUGUAUGGGUGAUGGAUGUUGAUGUGGAGUGUGUCUUGUGUCGAAAUCCAGCUGGGGUUUUACGGAAGAAGAGUGAUUUCUUGUCGAGGUUGCCGUCUCCUAUAGCGUCUCCUGAUCGUGGGAAAGGGAAGGAGAAGGCAUCAGAAGAAGAUGAGACAGCUGAAGGAAUGAUAUCCAAAGAAAUGCUAGUUAGAGUAGAAGCCUUGACGAGGUUUCACUCUGUUAGUAGGACUACUCCUACGGCUGAACUUCUCACCGUCCUAUCACCAAACGAGCGGGUAUACGACCUCGAUGAUGAAACAUCACUGUUCGCUGCUGCUGCAACUACAGCAGUAUUCAGCAAUUCACAGAGUUUUAUUGAAGAAGACUCGCAGCAUGAUGAUCGACCGUCUCUGCCAGCGAUACUUUCGAAAACACGUAUGAGGCAUCAGCUUUUAUUGUCUCCGCCACAUCUACCUGCGGUUGAUACCGCAUGA